AUGUACAACCACUAUUCUACCUUCAAAGUACAAAUUACCUACAAGAAACAAACCAUCAUCACUGGAACUCAUCUCAAACACGGAGUCAUCAGAAAAAUGUUUUCACUUCCAAACCUUGCACCGACAGACUCUUACAACCUCUGGUACACGUCAUCUCAUAGUAAUAUUCCACAGCACGUUGAACCCGCAAACAAUUCGUUUGAUCAUUCCGCUCCGCACGUUACGUCAAACCAAAAUCAUGGCCUGCGUCGUCAACAUGCAAGUAAUCGAACUCCUCUUGCACGACUGCGUUUGGAUGAAGAGUAUAUUGAGAGGAGAAAACAAAAUGUACAGAAUUGGGGAAGUUCUUGGAUUAAACCGCCAGGAGUAUCAAAGUCUUUACAUCAAUUGAGGGAAGAGAAAAGGGAAAUGGAAGAACAUCAAGAAGCUCUGAGGAGAGAACAAUUGGCACAAGAACUUGCUGAAGCAGAAGAGGCUGAGACUGAGGCAAUGAUACCAGUUGAUGAGAUGGAAGGUGAGAUGGAAAGUAUGGUGGAUCUUGACGAUGAGAUACCUGAUGCGGAUGAAAGUGGAAUGGGACAAAGUGACUCGGAUGAUGUCAGCGAGGAAGAGGAAGAUGAAGAGGAAGAUGAUUCCGAGGACAUUCCCGGAGCACUCCUACCUUCUCGAAUGACAGAUGACGCAUACAGGGAAGCAAUUUCACGUCUUGGACAUCCCAGAGGUUCAAUGUUAGAAGAUGAUGGCGCUUCUACAAUUGCUGAUGAAGAUCAAUCACAAAUGCUACAGGAAGAAGAUCUAGUUCAUGAACAUGAAGAUGAUAAUCAAGAUGGAGACAUGGAAGUAGAUCUUGACGACGAUAUUCCUGAAGCCGAUGAAGGAUACGAACACACAGAUACAGAAGAUGAAUUAGAUAGCAGCGAGGAGGAAAGUGAAGAUCAAGGUCUUCCGCAUGGAAAUCAUGGAGGUCACGGUGCAAGUAUGGUUAGGAGUGAUGGUACACAAAACUCGAUGGAUCUUUCUAAUCUAAUAUCACACGAUAGUAGUGUGUUAUAUAGUAGUCCUCGAGGAGCAAGAUGA